AUGGCUGAAUUAACAAGAGAGGAGAAGAAAGAAAAAAGCAAAUAAAUGAAAGACAAAAUGAAAUAUGUGGAGCAAUAGGCAAGAUUCAGAAAGGCCUAAACCCAAUUAAGAGAAUAUGGAUUAGAAAAUACUACAACUUCCACCAAGCGUGAAAUCAUGAGGGCUUUGGAAAUUGAUAUGGAUGAUCAAUAAUAAAAGCACUAUUAAGGACUACAAAAGAAAUUAGUGAGAAUGAAUUAUUAUGGAUCAUUUUUUGGGUUGACUACUGCUGCCAUAUUGCCUAGAACAUUUAGAGUUUAUCAGAAACUUGGAUUAGUAUCAAGAGUCGCUCUUUGUGUUGGUACAUUUUUGAUCACUUAACAGGGAGUGGCAUUCAAAUACUUGUGUGAUGUGGAUGAUUUCGAAGUUGAUUUCAUUGAAAAGCACAAAAGCAAAUUUUUAGAAACAUCCUUUGAGAGUUGA